AUGUGACUUUUCUUUAUGCAGAGCUUUCAAACGUCAAGAUUUUUACCCACAAACACACUCAAGGUUCAAGAGCCAAGUGCUCUACAAACUGAAGCAACAGUGGCGGGGCAAUUCGCAAGGAAGCUUCUUCAAUUUCUUUUCUACUUUCACUUACUCCUGAUCACCAUCUUAGCAAUUUUCUUAACUCUUCGCGGUGUUGUUUUAUCUCAGAAGCACCAUUUCCACCCCAGGAGAUGGUACCCUCCAUUGCUUACUUCAAUAGCUAGUGCUGGGGUUUUCUCUUUCGCUUGGCAAUGGAUAACUUAUUCCUGUCCUUCAAAAGCCAUCAAAAUAUGCUUCUGGCUUGGCCCCCUGUCGACCUGUGCGGUCGGUAUAGUAUUUUUAUUAAUCAGUUCUGCAGCUUGUUCAGCCGUAGGUGCCAUUUUUAUCAUUUCUGCGUUUAUUCAAACCCUCUACACUUGUUGGGUCAAUCCCAGAUUUGAAUAUGCUGCCAAGAUUUUGCAAGUCUCCUUGGCUUCCCCUCCUGCAAAAACUACAUUUUUGGUCAUUCUAUCAAUAGUUACCAGUGCUGUAUACGCCUGUUUAUUGGUGUCUGGCAUUGGAGGAGCCACUGCAAUAGGAACUAAAUUAGACAUCCUGUUCAUACUGGUGAUCCUGCUUAGCCUGGCUUGGAGUAUGCAAGUGAUCAAGAAUAUACUGCAAGUUAUUGUUUCAAGAAUCAAAUACAUCCACUUUGCAUACGGGGCGGAUAUGGAUACACCGAUUGUUUUUCGCGAUACGAUGAAUCACUUGGUAGGGAGUGUAUGUGUUGGUUCAAUAUUGGUUCCAAUUUUUGGGGUCACUGGGGCUUCAGGACGAGGCAUCAGUUUGAUUGCGGGGGAUACAGAUGAGUUCUUGUUCUCGUGUGCUAAAUGUUACUCGAAUGUUGCUUCGACUCUUGAAAAACAUGGAAACUGGUGGGGUUUUGUGCAGUUAGCAGUUUACAAUAAGGGAUUUGUCCAGGCGUCUGUCGAUACCUGGGAAAUGUUCAGGCAAGUCGGGUUGGAAACACUGAUCAACUCUGAUCUCACAGGGGCUUUCUGUUUUUUCAGCGGUGUAAUGGGGGGUGGGGUAUGUACUCUUGUUGGAGGAUCAUGGACACUUCUUGUUCAGAAGAGCUACGCAGCAGAAGUGUCUAUUUAUGCUUUCUUCAUCGGCUAUUUCACAUGUAGGAUAGCUUUGGCAUGGCCACAAGCAUGUGUUUCAGCUUAUUAUGUUGCUUACGCACAGAACCCACAAAGUCUUCGAUUUGAUUCAACAAUCCCAGUUCGCAUUCAAGAGCUUCAGAGAUAUCAAACUUAACAAACCUUAGUGCGAAUUGCAUUAUAUAUAAAUAGUGGGUGAUGUGGAAAUUCACCACUUUGGACUCGAGAAACAUGUGGCGCAAGUCAUCAGACAAUUACAGACAAUGUGAAGGCUUGAUAGAAAGGUAUACCAACCGAAUGAUGAAAUAAUGUCGAAGAUUGUGAAACUCAUCUUUUCUAUUAUGAUAGAUGCUGAGUCAUUAUGGUGCAUAUUUAAAUACAAUUACGUAA